AUGCUCCCCCCUGCAGCUCCGCGCUCAGGACCCGCCCGCGGCCCCUCGGCUGAGCCAAGCCCUGCCCCACGCAAGGUCCCCGGCCUGGCGCACCCGGCUCCCCAGCGCCGCGCGCCGGCCGUGUCCCUUCCCACCCCAGCCCCCCGGGACCCGAGUGCCGUGCAGGGCCGAGCCUCGUGCCCCGAGGCACGCCGAGCCAAGUCACCCCUGCAGCCCGCGGCGCCGGAACCUGGGGGCGCAGUGAGUGGGGGUAGGGCGCCGGGCCGGCGGGCGGUGGCCGUGGCUGGGUGCCGGUUCCUGGCUUUAGAAGUCCUUUCGCAUCUUGUUGAAUCCGGGGCUGCAUUGGCCCUCCCAGCUCUCCGGACUGGCAACGUCGCAGAGACAACAGGUCCAGCCAGACCCGGGACAUCCCCCACACCCGCGUCCAGGACGUGGGUUUCUUCCCUCUUCCGGGCGAGAGGCCCUCGGACUGGGCGUCGCGGCGAGCCCCCCGUGGUUUCUGUUUGCUUUUAUACCGUCCCCCGCCCCCUCACCCCGUCCCGGCCCCACCCGGGCCUUGGUCCCACCGCGAAGGGGCGAGGAGUCCCCGGAAGGGUCGUGAUGGCUGGGGAGUCCGGGACCUCGGCUCUGGGUAGGCGCGCCCCGCGACCCAGCGGCGGCGUGGGCGAGGGGCGCUGCGCAAACUACGCUCUCUCGCUGGCGAAACGCCAGCCCAGGCGGGCGGCGGCGGUGAAGGGGAUUAGGACCAGGACCCCGUGCCCGACGGGACUGGCCCCGCACCCCACGCCGUCCCCCUGCGGUGCGCACCGCAUCUGCGCCCUAGGCCGAGGCCAGGCUCGGACCCCUCCCCCGCACCGACGUGAUUCGGAUCGCGCGGUGCUGGCGCCGCCUUCAUGCGCCCCGCCUGGCCCCCACCUGGUCCUCUUUCCUUUUCAGGUGGAGGAGAUGCCGCUGUCCCGUCGGUCUGGGGCGAGCCCAGCUCCCCGGAUCCCGGGAUGGAGAGACGCGUCGCGGCCUCGGGGCCUGGUGGCACCAGCAGGAAGGAGGACCCGGCGGCGGGCUCUGCCUGGGCUUGCCUGGGCUUGUUCCGAGCCGAGCUGCUUCUCGGUGACCACGCAGAUCGGGGGCAUUUGGAGAUUUUCUGGGAGUCCUGCAGCCAAGCUCCGGGGCAAGAGAGGCCUGGAAGCCUGCACUACCUGCUCGCCCCGUCCCAGCAUGCACCCAGGAUGCUUCCAGAGAUGCUCAGGACUAGCGGGCAUCAGGGAGUUUUGCUGCCCAGCUUCCAUUCCUCUCCUAGCGGCACCUGAUACACUACCAGGGUCUUGCUCUGUUGCCCAGGCUGAAGUGCAGCGUGCGAUCACGGCUCACUGGAACCUUGACCCCUUGGGCUCAGGCGAGCCUCCCACCUCAGCCUCCUAAGUAGUUGGGACUACAGGUGUACACCAUCACACUUGGAUGGAAAGUAUCGUUCCUGGGUGUGUCUGUGAGGAUGUUGCCAAAGGAGAUCAACAUCUGAGUUAGCAGGGUGGGAGAGGCAGACCCACCCUCAAUCUGGAGGGCACCAUUUAAUCAGCUGUCAGCUCGGCCAGAACAAAAGCAAGCAGAAGAACAUGGAGAAGGCCAGGCAAGGUGGCUCACACCUGUAUAUAAUCCCAGCACUUUGAGGCAGGUGGAUCACCUGAGGUCAGGAGUUCCAGACCACCCUGGACAACAUGGUGAAACCCUGUCUCUACUAAAAAUGCAAAAAUUGCCGGACAUGGUGGCACCACUGCACUCCAGACUGGGCAACAGCACAAGACUCCAUCUCAAAAAAAAAAAAGAAGAACGUGGAGAGAUUAGACUGCCUUAGCCUCCCAGCCUACAUCUUUCUCCCAUGCUGGAUGCUUCCUGCUCUCAAACAUUGAACUCCAAGUUCUUCAGCUUUGGGACGCAGACUGGCUUCCUUGCUCCUCAGCUUGUAGACGGCCUAUUGUGGGACCUUGUGAUUGUGUGAGUUAAAACUCCUUGGCCGGGUGCGGUGGCUCACGCCUGUAAUCCCAGCACUUUGGGAGGCUGAGGCGGGCGGAUCAGGAGAUCGAGACCAUCCUGGCUAACACGGUGAAACUCUGUCUCUUCUAAAAAUACACACAAAAAAAAUUGGCUGGGUGCAGUAGUGGGUGCCUGUAGUCUCAGCUACUCGGGAGGCUGAGGCAGGAGAAUGGCGUGAACCCAGGAGGCGGAGCCUGCAGUGAGCAGAGAUCACAUCACUGCACUCCAGCCUGGGCGACAGAAUGAGACUCUGCCUCAAAAACAAAAAAACAAAAAACUCCUUAAUAAACUCCCCUUGGCCGGGCGUGGUGGCUCACGCCUGUAAUCCCAACACUUUGGGAGGGUGAGACCCGUGAAUCAUCUGAGGACAGGAGUUCAAGACCAGCUUGUCCAACAUGGAGAAACCCUGUCUCUACUAAAAAUACAAAAAUUAGCCGGGCAUGGUGGCGUGAGCCUGUAGUCCCAGCUACUCAGGAGGCUGAGACAGGAGAAUCGCUUGAACCUGGGAGGCGGAAGUUGCAGUGAGCUGAGAUUGUACCACCACACUCCAGCCUAUGCAACAGAGCAAGACUCCAUCUCAAAAAAUAAAAAAAUAAACUCCCCUUCAUAUUUACAUCUAUCCUAUUAGUUCAGUCCCUCUAGAGAACCCUGACUAAUAAACUCACCAUGGUCCCCAGGCAGGAAGGAGAACCAUGAUUUCCCUCUCUUCAUGAUUUGGACAGUGAUCGGUGGCAGAGCCUGUGCCACACACACCUUUCGAACAGGGAAAUGAGGAAGGUGGCCAGCCCAAGCUGAAAGUCCCUCUUCUGUUCCAGUUUUAAAAACCACAUUUGUGGCUUGUGACUUAUGUUGGAGUCGACCUCAGAAAAUUCAUUUCAGAUUCCUCCAAAUGAGAGACUCCAAACUGUCACCCCUAUUGUACUUGUCAGAGGAGAAUCUUGUGCCAGUUCCUGGGGUGAGAGGAGGAGGAGGAGAAAGCAACCCCAAAACUACCCUUCUCCGGGGGCUGCUCGCCACUGUGAUGGGGCCUUUCUGGGUCUGGGCCCUAGCUCUGCAGCCAGGAAACUGGGGUGAAGCGAGGUUGUGAUGAUGUGUGAGGACAUGGGACACGGCCCCUUUGGACGCUGGACAUGGAGCGGCAGACAACUGCCAGCUGGCUUGGCACAGCUACUAGAGAAACAACUCAGGGUCCAAAGAAGAUGCAUCUGGGUUUCUUACCAAUUCCCCCAAAGAUGAGGCUGGAGAGGGGGGCCCGAAAGACUGGAAAUUGAAAAUGUGGCUAAUGGGACAUCACAUGCCACAUGGGGCAGGGAUCAUCAGAGACAGCUCAGAGCCUGGGGUUUCUCUUGGUUUAUUCUUCUCAGUUAGACCUCCCCAGAGUCCCCCAAGGAGGAGUGGAGCCCCAGGAGCUCUGAGAGUCCCAGGGUCAGGAACCCCAAGCUCCUUUAGUGGAGAUCAUGCUGGGCUCCUUGAGCUCACUCAGCAGCUGUGGCGGGAGUCACAGUUCCCACCUCCUGAUAAAUGCCUGGACCCGUCUAGACAACGUCCGUGACCCUGGACAGUGUAAAAUUAGCUUCACGUUUAAAUCUAAGCAAUUUGAAGCUGUAUCAUUGCAUGUCUUUCACAUUUUUUCCCUAGGUGUAGGAAGUAUGAAAGUUCUUUGAAUGUUGUUUUCCAGUGCAAAGAAAGCCAAGCAAUUUCCUGAUCAAAACUGUCUGUAAGCGAGGUGGGAGGUGGGGAAAAAAAUUUUUUAAAAAUAUGCUUGUAAAAUAGCCAACCGCUCACCUGGAGAUUUAGGCAAAGCACUUCAAUCUCAAUAAAGCAGGAAAGAUAUAGUCAAAAUUGAUCUGCUGACAAAGCAGGUUGCUACAAGACCUCUCCUGUGCCCCAUCUCCUCCCCCCUCUCCCAAAUACCCUAAGGAUUAAAUGACCGAGCUCUAGGGAGGCAGAAUCCGUUCCAGACUCUUGCCUUGCCAUAGUCCAAAGCCCCAGGCUGAUUGCAAAAGCCAAACUUGAAGCUAUUUCCAUCAGUGAAAAGCUGAGAGGUUUCACUGACAGAACUCUCAGCCAGGUUCUGUUUAUGGUCUGGGGUCCUCUCAGGAGGAGGUCAGGGGACUUUUGAACGAUCACAAGUGACUUGGAAGGAAAGCAACCGCUCUUAACUCUCUGCAGAACAAACUCCACACAUGUUUGCUCACACUGCUGAUAACUGUGUGUAGUAACUUUUUUUCUCAUUAAAAAAGAAUCUAUGCUUAUUCCAGCAUUGCUUAUAAUAGCCAAAACCUGGAAACAACCCAAAUGUUCAAAAGCAAUAGAAUGGAUAAGUACACAAUUAUUUAUACCAUGGAAUUGUUUAUACAAUGGAAUACUAUACAGUAGGGAAAAUGAAUGAAUUGCAUUUAGUUGUAAGAAGAUGGAUGAAUCUCACAAAAAUAAUGUUGAACAAAAAACAGAAAACACAAAAGGGAACGGAGAGUAUGAUUCCACUUACAUAAAGUUCAAUGACAGGCAAAUGACACUGUUUUGUUCAGGGAUGCAUACAUGGAUGGGUAAAAGCAAGAGCCUCCAGUGGUGGCUCCUGUCUGUAGUCCCAGCUACUUAGGAGGCUGAGGCCAGAGGAUCCUUUGAGCCCAGAAGUUAAAGACCAGCCUGCGCAAAAAAAACAAAACAAAACAAAACAAAAAACCCAGCAAGGAAAUGACUGAGGGGGAAGGGGUGUUUGGGGAGGUUUGUGGUAUGCUGGGAAUGUUAUAUUUCUUGCUCUGGAUGGCUGUUUAUAAUUAUUUAAUAAGUUGUACAUUUGUAUUUUAGGCACUUUUCAAUAUGCAUAUUUCAUAAAACAAUUUAUUUUUAUUUUUAUUUAUUUUUUUGAGACAGAGUUUCACUCUUAUUGCCCAGGCUGGAGUACAAUGUUGCCAUCUCGGCUCACUGCAACCUCCGCCUCCUGCGUUCAAGCGAUUAUCCUGCCUCAGCCUCCAAAGUAGCUGGGAUUACGCCCUAAAUCCAUGCCUGGCUAAUUUUGUAUUUUUAGUUGAUAUGGGGUUUCACCAUUUUGGUCAGGCUGGUCUUGGAACUCCUGACCUCAGGUGAUCUGCCUGCCUCGUCCUCCCAAAGUGCUGGGGUUACAGGUGUGAGCCACCAUGCCCAGCCUUUAUUUUAUUUUUGUAUGAGAUGGAGUCUCACUAAGUCGUCUAGGCUGGUCUUAAACUCCUGGCCUCUCAAGUGUUUCUCCCAUCAUAGCCUCCCAAAGAGCUGGGAUUACAGGCCACUGUGCCCAGCCAAAACAAUUUUUUUAAAGUCAGAUAUACAAAGAUAAUCUUUGCUUUCUAUGAAUCAAAUGCAAGAUCAAACCUAAUGUACACCAAAAACUACAAAACAUCACUAAAAGGAAUUUAAAGAAGAGCUAAAUAAAUGGAAAGACAUCCUUGGUCCAUGGAUAAGGAGAUCUCAUAUUAUUAAUAUAGCAUUAUUCUCCAUUUUAUCUACAGAUUCAAAGCAAUCUCUAUCAAUCUUUUCCAUUCCUUUUGCAGAAAUGGAAAAACUGAUCCUCAAAUUGAUAGGGAAUCGCAAGGGGCGUCAGAUAGCCAAAAUAUUGGAAAAGAAAAACAAUGUUGAAGGGUGGGGUGUGGUGGCUCAUACCUGUAAUCCCAGCACUUUGGGAGGUCAAGGCGGGCAGAUCACUUGAGAUCAGGAGUUCGAAAACAGCCUGGGCAACAUAGUGAAACCCUGCCUCCACUAAAAAUACAAAAAUUAGCCAGGCAUGGUAGCGGGCGCCUGUAGUCCCAGCUACUCGGGAGACUGAGGCAGGAGAAUCGCUUGAACCUGGGAAGCAGAGGUUGCAGUGGGCCAAGAUCAAACCACUGCACUCCAGUCUGGGCAAGAUAGUAAGACUCUCCCAAAAAAAGAAAAAACAAUGUUGAAAGACUCACUUCCCAAUUUCAAAACUUACUACAAAGCUACAGUAACCAGAACAGUGAGGUAUCGGAAAGAAACAAAACAUAGAUGCAAACCUUCAUGAGUUUGGCAUAGGUGAUGGUUUCUUAGAUGUGACACCAAAAGCACAAACAACCAAAGAAAAAAAUGGACAAAUUGGACAUCCUCAAAAAACACUUUUUUCCUUUGAAGUACGCUAUCAAGAAAGUGAAGGCCGGGCGCGGUGGCUCACGCUUGUAAUCCCAGCACUUUGGGAGGCCGAGGCGGGCGGAUCACAAGGUCAGGAGAUCGAGACCACGGUGAAACCCCGUCUCUACUAAAAAAAUGCAAAAAAUUAGCCGAGCGUGGUGGCGGGCGCCUGUAGUCCCAGCUACUCGGAGAGGCUGAGGCAGGAGAAUGGCGUGAACCCGGGACGCGGAGCUUGCAGUGAGCCGAGAUUGUGCCACUGCACUCCAGCCUGGGCGAAAGAGCAAGACUCCGUCUCAAAAAAAAAAAAAAAAAGAAAGUGAAAAGACAAACUACAAAAUGGGAGAAAAUAUUUGCAAAUCAUAUAGCUGAUAAGGGUGUAAUAUCUAGAAUAUAUAAAGAACUCUUGCAACUCAACAACAAAAAGACAAACCAAUUUAAAACUAAGAAAGAAAAUUGACCAGGUGUGGUGACUCACGCCUGUAAUCCCAGCACUUUGAGAGGCUGAGGCGGGUGGAUCACUCUAAGUCAGGAGUUUGUGACCAGCCUGACCAACAUGGUGAAACCCCAUCUCUACUAAAAAUACAAACAUUAUCUGGGCAUGGUGGCUGGCGCCUGUGAUCCCAGCUACUUGGGAGGCUGAGGCAGGAGAAUCGCUUGAACCCAGGAGGCAGAGGUCACAGUGAGCCAAGAUCGCACCAUUGCACUCCAGCCGGGGUGACAGUGCGAGACUCAGUCUCAAAAAAAAAAAAAAAAAAAAAGAAAGAAACAGAAGAAAGAAACAGAGAGAGAGAGAGAAAGAGAGAGAGAAAGAAAGAAAGGGAAAGGAAAAAAGAGAAAGAAAGAAAGAAAAAGAAAGAAGGAAAGAAAGAGAAAGAAGAAAGAAAGAAAAGAAAGAAAGAAAGAAAAGAAAGAAAGAAAGAAAGAAAGAAAGAAAGAAAGAAAGAAAGAAAGAAAGAAAGAAAGAAAUUGAACAGACAUUUCUCCAAAGAGGAUAUGCAAAUGUCCAAUACGCACAUGGAAAGAUGUUUGAGGUCAUUAUUCAUCAGAGAAGUGCAAAUCAAAACUACAAUGAGGAACAACUUCACACCCACUAGGAUGGCUAUUAUCACAAAGAUAAUACAAAAUGUUGGAAGGCUGGGUGAGGUGGCCUCAUGCCUGUAAUCCCAGCACUUUGGGAGGCCAAGGCAGGGGUUUGAGACCAUCCUGGGCAAUAUAGUGAGACCCCAUCUCCAAAAAAAAAAUUAGUGGGGCCCAGGCAAGGUGGCUCACACCUGUAAUCCCAGCACUUUGGGAGGUUGAGGCAGGCAGAUCACCUGAGGUCAGGAGUUCAAGACCAGCCUGGCCAAUACAGCGAAACCCUGUCUCUACUAAAAAUACAAAAAUUAGCAGGUUGUGGUGGUGCACACCUGUAAUCCCAGCUACUUGGGAGGCUGAGACAGGAAAAUCGCUUGAACCCAGGAGGCAGAGGUUGCAGUGAGCCAAGAUCGUGCCACUGCACUCCAACCUGGGCAACAAGAGCGAGACUCAGUCUCAAAAAAAAAAAAAAAAAAAUUAGUGGGGCAUGGUAACAUGCACCUGAAGUUCUAACUACUGGGGAGGCCAAGGCGGGAGAAUUGCUUAAGCCCAGGAAUUUGAGGCUGCAGUGAGCUGUGGUUGUGCCUGCACUCCAGCCUUGGCGACAGAGACUCUGUCUCAAAAAAAAGUUUCAGAAGAAUGUAGAGAAAUUGCGACCCUCAUACAUUGCUAGUGCAAAUGUAAAAUGAUAGGUACAGUCACUUUGGAAAACACCUUGGCAGUUCCUCACAAGGUGAAAUAUAAAGUUGCGUAUGGCCCAGCAACUCCAUUCCUAGGUAUACACAUAGGAGAAUUGAAAACAUACACCCACAAAAAAACUUGUAUGCAAAUUUUCAUAGUGGUAUUAUUCUUAAUAGUUAAAAAGUGUUAACAACCCAAAUGUCCAUCGCCUGAUGAAUAAUAGCUAAGUAAAAUGUGGUAUAUCCUGCCGAGCGCAGUAGCUCAUGCCUGUAAUCCUAGCACUUUGGGAGGCCAAGGCAGGCAGAUUGCCUGAGCUCAGGAGUUCAAGACCAGCCUGGGCAACACGGUGAAACCCCAUCUCUACUAAAAUAGAACAGAAAUUAGCCGGGCAUGGCGGCACGUGCCUGUAGUCCCGGCUACUCGGGAGGCUGAGGCAGGAGAACUACUUGAAGCCGGGAGGCAGAGGUUGCAGUGAGCCGAGGCUCCUGAGCCCCGCCCACGCCCUCACGCCACGCCCCUAAGCCCCUAGGCCCCUAAAGCCCUACCUCAGGGCACCCCCAGGUCCCGGCACCCGUCCCUCAACGCUCCUCU